CCAUGCCUCCACGCACCAAACGAGCCCCAGCAUGGAGCACUGGUGAGCUGCUGGACCUCAUCAGUGUUUUUGGGGAGGAAGCUGUGCAGUCACAGCUGUGCUCCAGCCGUAGGAAUUACGAUACCUAAGGGCAGAUAUCAAAGUCCAGGCUGGAAAGGGGCCAUGAACAGGACGCGGUGCAGUGCAGGGUUAAAGUGAAGGAGCUGCGGAGUGCCUAUUGCAAAGCCCGCGAGGGAAACCGCCGCUCAGGUGCUGCCCCCACGACCUGCCGUUUUUACAAGGAGCUGGAUGCGAUACUUGGGGGUGACCCCACUGCCAAUCCGAGGACCACGAUGGACAGUUCAGAGCAGGGAGAGGAGGGGGAGGGGGUAGAGGAAACCGAGAGUGAGGGUACUGGGAUGAGGGGAGACACCCCAGAGUCCCAGGAGGCAUGCAGCCAGGAGCUCUUCUCAAGCCAGGAGGAAGCUAGCCAGUCACAGCGGCUGGAACUUGUUGGUGAAGAAGAAGCAGAGGAGCGGGUUCCCAUGUCCUUGAAUAGUACCAGUAAUCCCCCAUCCCUAUCACAGACUGCUGAAAAGCUACAGAACCUGAGGAGGAAACCAAGAAAAAGCAAAGAAGAUUUGGUGAAAGCAGUUAUGAAUCAGUCUGCCAGAGAGAGUAAAAGGCUGCAGAACUGGAGAGAAAAAAUUCAGCAGUGGAGGGAAACAGAAAGCAGGAGAAAGGAAUUGGCUAAGAAGAAAAGCACAAAGCAACUGAUAAGCCUCCUGGCGCACCAAACAGAGUGUAUGCAGUCACUCAUAGGCAUGCAGGCAGAGCACUGCCGUGCUGCCCCCCCAUCCCAAAGCUCUCUCCCUUGUGCCCCAAUGUCAGCUCAAAACCCCCUUCUCCAGCAUCCAGAUUUUUACCACCACCAAUUGCCCCCAACACCUCAGUUCACUGCACGGCCUGACAGCUGGGCCGACUGUGACAUCAUCGAUGACAUCUUUGUGAGCAGUAAUGUCAUUGGAAGCCCCUACCUCCCUGCUCCCCGAAAUGGACAGACCCAGGAAAGAUGCUGA